CCUCCCGCCCGCUCCGCAGCGCCAGCUCGGCAGGCGCGGGGCGUGAGUCUCGAGUGAGACCCGCCAGGCUCCAACUCCGCAGCGCCGGAGCUCGGCGGGCAGCAACUUUCUCCCCGGAGCGGCCGCGGCGGCGGCUGCUGCCGUGGCAGCCGGAGCGGGAGCCGGGAGGAGGAAGGCGGCGGCCGUAGCUCCUGCCCGCUCGGGCUGUCCAGCCCUCGGAGACCGCCGGCCCGCCGAACCUCGCCGCCUCCCCGGGGAGUCCCGGGCCCCUGCCCUAUGUCCCGCAAGGCGAGCGAGAAUGUGGAGUACACGCUGCGGAGCCUGAGCAGCCUCAUGGGCGAGCGGCGCAGGAAGCAGCAAGAGCCGGACGCGGGGAGCGCGGCCGGGGAGCGCAGCCUCCUGGCGGCCGCCGAGUCGAGCGCCAGCCUGCAGAGCGCGGGCGGCGGCGGCGUCGGGGACCUGGAGCGCGCGGCGCGGCGGCAGUUCCAGCAGGACGAGACCCCCGCCUUCGUGUACGUGGUGGCCGUCUUCUCCGCGCUGGGCGGCUUCCUGUUCGGCUAUGACACCGGCGUGGUGUCGGGGGCCAUGCUGCUGCUCAAGCGGCAGCUCAGCCUGGACGCGCUGUGGCAGGAGCUGCUCGUGUCCAGCACGGUGGGGGCGGCCGCCGUCUCAGCGCUGGCCGGCGGGGCCCUCAACGGCGUCUUCGGCCGCCGCGCCGCCAUCCUGCUGGCCAGUGCCCUCUUCACAGCCGGUUCCGCGGUGCUGGCCGCGGCCAACAACAAGGAGACGCUGCUCGCCGGCCGCCUGGUCGUAGGGCUUGGCAUCGGCAUUGCUUCCAUGACCGUGCCCGUGUACAUUGCAGAGGUCUCCCCGCCCAACUUAAGAGGUCGAUUAGUCACCAUCAAUACCCUCUUCAUCACCGGAGGCCAGUUCUUUGCGAGUGUUGUGGAUGGAGCCUUCAGUUAUCUCCAAAAGGAUGGAUGGAGGUACAUGUUGGGACUUGCAGCAAUUCCAGCAGUUAUACAGUUUUUUGGCUUUCUCUUUUUACCUGAAAGCCCUCGAUGGCUGAUUCAGAAAGGACAGACUCAGAAGGCCCGUAGAAUUUUAUCUCAGAUGCGUGGUAACCAGACCAUUGAUGAGGAAUAUGAUAGCAUCAAAAACAACAUUGAAGAAGAGGAAAAAGAGGUUGGCUCAGCUGGACCUGUGAUCUGCAGAAUGCUGAGUUAUCCCCCAACUCGCCGAGCUUUAAUUGUGGGUUGUGGUCUACAAAUGUUCCAACAGCUCUCAGGCAUUAACACCAUCAUGUACUACAGUGCAACCAUUCUGCAGAUGUCUGGUGUUGAAGAUGAUAGACUUGCAAUAUGGCUGGCUUCAGUGACAGCCUUCACAAAUUUCAUCUUCACGCUUGUGGGAGUCUGGCUUGUCGAGAAAGUGGGCCGCAGGAAGCUUACCUUUGGGAGCUUAGCAGGUACCACUGUAGCACUCCUAGUUCUUGCUUUGGGAUUUCUACUGUCAGCGCAGGUUUCCCCACGCAUCACUUUUAAACCAGUAGCUCCAUCAGGACAGAACGGUACUUGCACAAGAUACAGUUACUGUAAUGAAUGUAUGUUGGAUCCAGACUGCGGUUUCUGCUACAGGAUGAACAAAUCAACUGUCAUUGACUCCUCCUGUGUUCCAGUUAAUACAGCAUCUACGAAUGAGGCAGCCUGGGGCAGAUGUGAGAAUGAAACCAAAUUUAAAACAGAAGAAGUAUUUUGGGCUUACAAUUUCUGCCCUACGCCAUACUCCUGGACUGCACUUCUGGGCCUUAUUUUAUAUCUUGUUUUCUUCGCACCUGGAAUGGGACCAAUGCCUUGGACUGUGAAUUCUGAAAUAUAUCCCCUUUGGGGAAGAAGUACAGGAAAUGCAUGUUCAUCUGGAAUAAAUUGGAUUUUCAACGUUCUGGUUUCACUGACAUUUUUACACACAGCAGAGUAUCUUACAUACUAUGGAGCCUUCUUCCUUUAUGCUGGAUUCGCUGGCGUGGGACUCCUUUUCAUCUAUGGCUGUCUUCCUGAGACCAAAGGGAAAAAAUUAGAGGAAAUUGAAUCACUCUUUGAUAACAGGUUAUGUACAUGUGGCGCUUCAGAUUCUGAUGAAGGGAGAUAUAUUGAAUAUAUUCGGGUGAAGGGAAGUAACUAUCAUCUUUCUGACAACGAUGCUUCUGAUGUGGAAUAAUUUUCAGCUGCUGAUAUAUUUAGGUAUUUAAACAAACCUGGGGGACAAAAGCAGCAAUUGGUGACCUCAAUGCCCUGCUUUUAAUCUCGUUCUUUCCACAGUCUAGUUUUGAAUGACCUCAUCUUCUAGAAUACUUGAUUAGGAGGAAGAUACAACCAUGAUGACAUUUUUUUUCACAAGCAGAAAUGUAAAACAAUAUUUAGAGAUUUUAAACUAAUAAUUAUUGAACAAAUGUAUGUAAUUCCUUCCUGAGGUAGUCUAAAAUGAAUAUUGUAUCCAGUGACUUCAGUGGUAUCUUUUUUUCCUAAAACCAUAUAUAAUUAUUAGAGUCAGUGCUAAUCUAGCUUAAUCGUAUAUGUAGGAUAUACUUAUGAAGAAGGAUUCAGGAAUAAGAUCCAAGGGUGUUUUCUGUCAAAACAAGGCCCAUUGGCCCGAAAUUUUCCUAAGGACAAGUAGCUUAUCUGUGAUCAGCCAUUAGAAAGUAAAUUCUAUUUAAGCUUUCAACAAAUUCAAAAGUACCUCCCACAGAGGCACGGUUGUCCUUAUCUCCUUUGGAUUCCACAUUUUGGUCUCUCUCUCCAAAUCAGAUCUUUAGAGUUCUUCAGAAGCUGACUCUACACAGGACCUUUUGAACAUUAUGAAAAGCAGGUCUUUUAGGGUUUAUUUUCAUACAUAUUUUUUGCAUUGGUGAUAAGUAUCCAUUUGCACAGAUAAGCUAGCAAGUUUUUUUUGUUGUUUUUUUUUUUAAUUUUUUUUUUAUUAAGCUAGCAAGUUUUGAUAAGUAUAUUUUAUUGCUAGAAAGUAAGAAAGAAAACAUUUUUAUGGAUCCCUGAUUUGAGUUACUUACUUAGGUAUGCAACUGUAAACACAAAAUAGCACCAGAUCUUCAACUAUAUUUCAGGGUUUCUGUUCAUACCAAAAUCACCUUAUACUCACCACGCCUUCACUCAUCGCCUCUGGAGUCCUACUAAUUUGUGCCUUCAUUUGUUUUAAUAUAAAUAGCUGCUAGCAGACUAUUUUUCCCUUUCUUUUAAUCAAAUAAUUCCUGAAACAAAAAAGAAAGAAAGAAAAUCAGUGACAGAUAAUCCUGCUGUUAUUGAUGUUUUAAAUAGUGAGACUUAUUUUUUCCUUAGCUUUUUAUUAACUCUUAAAAGUACUAGUCUUUUCUUACUUUAAGAACAUAAACUCGUUUUUAUUUUGCACACCCUUUUCUCAUUUUCCUUGACAAUUUAUCAAAAAAAGAUACAGAUUUGUCUGUGGGUGUUUCCUUUUUCUCAUACUUGGCUUGGAUUUUUUUCCUUCUUGUCUAAAAAUUGGGGUUUUCUAUUGGAACAGAUUAAUGGUUCUAAUAUAGCAUACAUUUCUACAGUGUCUUCUCAAAGUGUUCAUUGGUUUUUAUGCUCGUUAAUCAAUGAACUCUAAUUUUUACUCUUAGGAACUAUACAGAAUAUACAAAAUUACUUGCUAGUUCCAGUGAAAAUAUGAAUGAAUCGUCUGUGGCCAGAUAGGAAUAUAUAAGUUUGAUGGAUUUUAAGGUGCUCUUUGGAGUGAAAAGAUGGCUAUCUCUAAAUUCAAUGUGUGUUUCUGCCAGUCUCCAAGAUGUUUUGUUCUUUGCUUGAAGUCUGGCUUAUUCCUAUCACUGUUAUCAAAACUGAGAAUGUAGCCAAGGAGGUUUGUUCUCAUAGCCACCGGGGGUAUGAUCAGUGCUUGAACUGUCACUAUACUGGCCUAAAAAUCCUUCAGCUAAAAAAAAAAAGUUUUCUCCUUUUGAUCAUUUCAUACAAUAAAAAAAAUUGAGUUUUUUUCCCUGAAUUAGGUGCUUUGACAAUUGAUUUCUAAGGGUAUAUUAAUAUUGAUUUUCCCCCAGAAAAGCAGAUGUGACUUAAUAUAAGAGAAAAUUAUUGAUAUUUCUUAUGCCAUAAAAAUUUCUUAUCUGUGUAAUACUUCACACAAGUGAAGUGGAAAAUGAGCUAUUGUGUGGUAAAAUCAGAAUAUGAUGGGAAGAAAAAAUAUUUAGACCAAUAAAGUGCUCUCUAAAAAUGUAUUUUUCUGAUUUAUCCAAAUAAUUGCCUCUAUUCUUCUCUUUAUUAUAUACAUAGCCUUAACUCUAUGCUUCUGUACUCAGCUGGGCUGAAUGCACAGUAACUUUAUUAAAGGAGUAACUGGACUUUUAUUAUUUCCUAAAGCAGAACAUGGCCUGUUCUCCCUGACAUAAGCAAACGGUAUAUUCAACUUUAUAUCCAUAAAUGCACAGAGUAACAGGGAAAAUUAGCCACAGUUCUCCUCCCCUAUUCUCCUCAACCUCUCCUUUAAAGGACUAUUUGUUAUUUAUAUAGUGAUAAAGACAAUAUUCCUUAUCUUUGAAGUACAAGACAGAGUGGCACAGUAUAAAGAUUAUUUAUAAUUUUUUUAAAAACAACUACUUAAAAAGAAACCUUAUACAAUUAGAGUAUUAUUUUUAGAUUUGGUGAACCUUUAUAGUAUAUUUAAAAAUUAAGCGUUUGAAUUUUGCAGGUUUUUUUAUAUUAUGUACCUUUUAAGUUCUCAGCAUCUUUGGCUACCACUAUCAACUGGAAAACAUUCCAUUUGACAUAUCAUCAAAUAUAUAUUUUGUAGGACAAUUUAUAUAUGGUAUGAUUUGAACUACCAUAUUAAAACAGAUUAAGCAUCACGCUUUUAACUGAAAUUAAGUUUUCCUUCUAAGCAUGCUGCACAUUCAAUAGAGACAUAUUAUGUUUUAGGAGCACAUAGUAAAGAAAGUCAUAACCCCUAUUUGAGGCUUAGCUUGGUGGCUGAUGAGAUCUGCCAUAGACUAAGGAGAAUAUAACCCUUUAUCUGCAUUUGAACACAUAGGUCUGAAUGUGAUGUCAGAUAAAUUUUAAAGAUUUGGUAUUAAUAGUUUUCUUCAAUACAAACAUUCCUAAUAAUUUUGACUGUUGCACCUUAGUCGUUAAUUACCCAAAACAUGAUUUUUAAUGUAUUUGUAAAAGAUCUAAAUCAAAACUAAAUUUAAACGGUAAUACUUCCAUAUGCUGUCAAGUGCUUCUUCAUAAUUUUACCACUGAGCUAGAUUUUAGUAUAUAAGAAUCUAAAUAUUUUUUAAAUUAUUCACUCUAAAAUGAGAAUUCCAUUAAAGCAAAAAACUUAGAAGUUGUUUACUAUCAUUUCAAAAUCCAUAAUCUAGAGGAAGAAUGAACAGGAAAAAUGUAAACUGACAAUUUACCCUUUUGCUUUAUAUUGGAAAGUAAAAUUGAAAUGUAUUGUAAUCAUAGAUUCUAGGGGGAGGAUAUUCUAAAAAAACACUAUAUCUUAUCUAAGAAAGUCUCACAACUUAAUGACACUAAUACAGUUUAGAAAUAUUGUCAUGCAAUUAGGGGGAAUGGAAGGAUUGUUUUAUCGGCACAGUAAUUAAGAACAAUUAAUGAGAUUUUUGUUAUAAUCAGUUUUGUUUUGUUUUGACCACUCUCCUGGUUAUAAAAUCUCAAAUUAUACUAAGCACCUUAUAGCUUUCACUUAUACAGCUUGUUGCAACAAGUUUUCAGUUUAUAUCUUUUUACUAACUGCAAAUAAAACAAUGACCUAGCAGGCCCAUGGCAGAGAAUUCAUAACAUGUGCUUUACAGCAAAAUCUGUUAAAUAGUGGAUGAAAUGUAUAGCUCACGUAUAGCUGCUGCUUAUGAAAAGACUUAGAAUUCUUCUCUGGAUUAUUUUUAAUGUCCUGUUUUCUGUCACUUUUCUUAUCAAUUUUCUUAGCCUCAUGUACAGAAAUGUUAAGCUAAUUUGAUGAAGUGAUCAGGUGGUAGCAACGUAUCAAUUAUCAGUACAUUCAGUUCUUCUGGGUGAGAAAUGUUGUUUUCUGGAAAUAGCAAUCAUUUUAAAAUGCCAAAUAGCUAACUGCUCUCAACUCUUUUUACGUUAUCUUUUAGGGAAAUAUUUGUAUGCCAAUACUCAUUAAAGAGCUCUUUUGUAAGAGUGUCAAUGAUGGUCAGAAGUACAUGAGAGAAUUUUAUCCUCUUAAUUUGCCUGUGAGUGUAAAAUGGUGUAAUUUCCUAUAAAUCUUUAUAUGUAUAAAGCAGUCUUGCACUUGAGUGAUUUGGUCUAUGAAAUGUUCAAUAACUACUUUCAUUUAGUAGUAAUAUUCAUAUAUUUAUUUCACAGUUCAUGUGUUUGAUUUUUGUCAUGUCAGUAUGAGAAAAAGGAAUGCAGCUUACAAGUACUUAAACACCUAUAUUUUGUGAAGUUUUACAAUUUUAGUAAAAUUAACAUCAUUCCAUCUCAUUUGAAGGUUAAAAAAAAAAUGAGACUUAACUCUAGCCAAAGUAGAACUUUAUAUUCUACAUGUCCAAACUGGUUCCUAGCAGCUUUUGGACUGUAUCUCAUUUGAUGUUAUAGUAUCUUUAUUUGUAAUAAAUGUUCAAAUUUCUAUUUAGAAGCUCUAAUGUACAUCUAGAUUAAAUCAAAAGUUUUAUGCUUUUAAAAUAUGUAUUUCAAAAUGUAUAUUUUAAUUUGAGUGCAUGUUAUAUAGUAUUUAAUAUUUCCCAUGUCUUGGAAAAUUCAAUAUAAAUAUUUAUUCUUACAUGUGACAUAUGGGAUCUCUCUUAAAAAUUAUGAAUAUGUAUCAUUUCCUUCAAAGUCAUUCUAGCCUAUAGCUGUAUCAAAAGUAUUGUAUAUUUUAUGGAAAUUUAGUGAUGUAUAUGUAAAUUUUUUAAGUUAUUUUAUUGAAGUUCAAUCUUUACAUAAAAUUAAAAUCUUUUUUUAAAAAAAGUGUCAGUGCCAGAACUGUAAAUGAAAAUAAUCAAAUAAAAGUUAUGACAAUUCAUUAGUCAUU